AUGACGAUACUCCAAGUCACACCAAAUUCUUCGGAAUUGCUCCAAGACGUCGCCAACUCGCUGGGGAAGGCCAAAAAAGUUGUCAUAAUCACAGGCGCUGGGAUAAGUACCAAUUCUGGUAUCCCAGAUUUCCGCUCAGAAAAUGGGCUCUAUUCACUCAUCCAGGCCCAGUUUGAACGGGCGGAGGCCGGUCAUGGACAGGGCUUUCGUAACGUUCAAACGAGGGAUACUACUCCGAGAGCUGUUCUGGGCAAGGUAUUCAGCUCGUCUCCUCUCUCUUCGCCACCGCCUGUUUUAUUCGAUCCCUACGAAAAUGCGAACUCAUCUACAGAGGGUAGUUCACGAGAGAGUGCGGAAAAUUCUGAGGCAUCCGACCAAGAAGACACACAAAAUUCCUUAGAUCUCCUGUCUUCGCAGACCUCUAAUUCGAGCCUACGUAAUAUGAAAGGACGAGAUCUAUUCGACUGUAAUAUAUGGGCAGAUCCACUGAAGACAUCCGUAUUCUAUCGCUUCGCUACUACGCUAAGGCAAAAGGUAAAGGAAGUUGAGCCAACCACAACUCACCGCUUUAUCGCGCAACUACGUGAUGUUGGAAAACUUGCCAGGGUAUAUACUCAAAAUAUCGACGAAAUUGAGAAGAAGAUUGGCCUUUCUACGGACUUGAAGAGCGGUGCAGGCAAUAAAAGGAGGAAGUCUGCUAAACAACAACUGGUAGAUUGGGGGAAGGAUUCUAAAGAGAAUUUGGAAGCGUCAAAGGACGAAGAUGACCCUAAUGUGGAUGUUGGACAAGCCUCACAAAGCUCUGAUACUUCCGGGCGACACAUUCCCCGUUCAAUUUUAGCUCAAGACAAGGGCGUUGAAUGUGUGUUCCUUCAUGGCUCUCUACAUGCCCUUCGCUGCUUUGUUUGCGGGAAACUCUGUGAUUGGGAUGAAGAUGGACGGGAAUCCUGUACGAUGUCGGGUGAACAGCCCGAAUGCCCCCACUGCGCGGGAGCAACUGCCGCGCGCCAGGAAAAGGGGAAGAGAGCCUUAGGUAUCGGCAAGCUUAGGCCAGACAUUGUCCUCUAUGGGGAAGAGCAUCCGCAGUCCGAUCUCAUAUCUCCUAUAGUUCAACACGACCUUUCCGUCGGACCGGACCUCCUCCUAAUAUUAGGAACUAGUCUUAAGGUCCACGGUCUGAAGGUGAUGGUCAAGGAGUUUGCUAAAGCUGUGCAUAAUAAAGGAGGCAAGGUCAUAUUUAUUAACCUAACGAGGCCGUCCGAUAGUGCUUGGGGCGACAUUAUAGAUUACUGGAUUGAGUGGGAUUGUGAUGCUUGGGUUGACGACUUGAAAGAUAGGAAGCCGCACCUUUGGUUGUCUCCCGAUGAGAUUUUGCAAUUUGAAAAGCAAAGGCGCGAGGCUCUAGCCGAGAAGAAGAGGGAGACUACAUCCAAGAAGCGGGAAAGCUUGGGCGAGAAGAGGCGACACACGAUCGAAUUUGCCAAACCUCGGCCACCACCUAAAAAUCCGUCUUCCAUGAGAAACGAUUACCAAUGUGGAGCAUACGUAGUUUGGGAGAUAUUCCAAACCCUAGCCAAGAUCGGUGACCGCCCCUUUGAUAAUCUCGGAUACGCACUCCCUUGUCGACCUCCGCCGGCCGUCCCAUCUCCUAUUCCUAGUCACCCUACUCCGGUAUCUCAGACUAUCAUCCCGACUACCAAAUCAAAGAAACCAAGGAAAUCAGCACCGGCCGCCCUCGUCUCUUCAGCCAAUGCAGGGGCAGAUCCAGAGAUCAAAUUUGGACCUGCUAACAAAGGUUGGCAGAAUUAA